CUUCCCUUCUCCUCUCACCGUCAAGAUGAAGAAACGCUUCAUCGUUCUCUCCCUCUUCUGCCUCCUUCUCCCCUCCAUCCGCCCCACAACCGGGCAAUACCCCUGCCCCGAACCGGAAGACAUUUCCCCUUGCACUUGCUUCACAAAUGAGGAAGGAGUGCACGCGGAGUGCUAUCAGGCUACAUCGAGUCAGGAUAUCUUCUUCGCCUUCAACGACGCUGUCUGGCCGGUUACUAAUCUCACGUCAUUCAAUCUGGGACACAAUUAUGACGUCGAAGAGUUCUCCGAAAGAAUUUUCGGAGACAUCUCCUUCGAGGAAAUCACCGGUGUUUGGAGCGUGGUGCGCAGCAUUCAUCCCUCGGCUCUUCUCCCUUCCAAAGAUCGACUCAAAAGAAUCACCAUGGUCAGGGGCGCCCUGGAACAGUUCCCAUGGGACUACAUGCAGCAUUUCACGCAACUCACGUCGCUCGAAUUCCAAUACAAUCGAUUGACAGGAUUACCGCCUGUACAAAGCGACAGUCUAGAAUUUAUCGAUCAGAACCAGGUUUCGGAUAUACAACCUGGAUUUUUCUUGGGACUCACGAGCUUGGAGGAAAUUUCUUGUUAUCCCUGCCCUUUGGGACCUACUCUUCGGAACGGUACCUUGGCAUUUGAUAGUCCAUAUUUGGAAUAUGUGGAGUUCCCAGUCAGCGGAAUCUCAAGCCUGGAAUCGCACGCGAUAACAGGUUUAAGGCCCGACACGAUAGUUGAAUUAAGUGGUAACCCCAUAUCGGAGUUGACAGAAGGGACUUUCCGCCCCAUGCUUGAGAUCCUCUCGCAGGGAGAUGGAAGCAUCUCAUUAGGCAGUCACAUUGUUUGUGACUGCACGAUCGCCUGGCUAGUACUCAAUCCGAACUUUCAUGGAAGCAUCAUUGCCUCCUGCGCCGAUGGUGGACUACCCAUUCAAGAACUCAAUCCGGAGGACUUUGCAGACUGCAACGUGAUGGGGUCUCCAAUGGCCGGCGACUUCCCGAUUUCGAUCUCUUCCGAUUGAAAUAAAUGGCUGUACCUACCCAGGAG